UGGUUGCUAAGCGACCGGAGGUUUGCGCUGUGUCUCUGUACAGCAUUAUGCGUUUUUAAAUAGUUUUAAGACAUUUGUAUACGAAAUAAAAUCAUACCUGGCGUUUGGAUAUAGUCAUGCCGCUAACGACGAUUAAAGAUGGUGAAUAUACAGCCACCGUAUAUAAAAUGAUCAAAGAGGGGCGAUAUGGAGACGCGAUUCAUAUUUUGAGCAAAGAGCAUCAGAAACAAACUAAAUCCAGGGCUGCCUUAUCACUCCUUGGCUAUUGUUACUAUCACAUGCAAGACUUUACUAAUGCAGCAGAGUGUUAUGAACAGCUGACACAGCUUCACCCAGAGGUGGAGGACUAUAAGCUUUACUACGCUCAGUCACUAUAUGGAGCAUGUGCCUUUCCAGAUGCCAUGAAGGCCACAUUCCUAUUGGACAGCACAACUAGUCAUACAAAGAUGAUCAAACUGCAAGCUGCUAUCAAAUAUGGAGAGGAGGACUUUGCGGGUGCAAAGACUUUGGUUGAGCAGUUGCCACAGGAAGAUCCCGACUACGAUGUGGAUCUUGGGUGUUUGCUUUAUAAGGAGGGAGAAUAUGAAGAAGCUUGCAAAAAGUUUAUGUCGUCUAUGAAUGUACUGGGCUACCAGCCAGAUUUGGCAUACAAUAUAGCACUGUGUUACUACAGCUUAAAGCAGUAUGCUUCGGCACUCAAGUAUAUUGCAGAAAUAAUUGAACGUGGGAUCAGAGAGCAUCCAGAACUUAGUAUUGGCAUGACAACAGAAGGCAUUGAUGUAAGGAGUGUCGGAAACACUCUCGUCCUGCACGAAACCGCUUUGAUCGAAGCCUUUAAUCUGAAAGCAGCUAUUGAAUACCAGCUCAAGAAUUAUGCUGCGGCACAGGAGGCUCUGACUGACAUGCCCCCCCGAUCGGAGGAGGAACUGGAUCCAGUCACUCUUCACAACCAGGCCCUAAUGAACAUGGACACAAAGCCAACAGAGGGUUUUGAGAAACUUGCUUUUCUACUUCAGCAGAACCCCUUUCCCCCUGUCACUUUUGGCAAUUUACUGUUGCUUUACUGCAAAUAUGAGUACUUCGACCUAGCUGCUGAUGUUCUGGCUGAAAAUGCCCAUCUCACAUACAAGUUUCUCACACCGUACCUGUUUGAGUUUUUGGAUGCCAUGAUCACAUGCCAGACAGCACCAGAGGAAGCUUUUCGAAAAUUUGAUGAAAUUGCUGGAAAACUGACAGAACAGCUACGCAAGGUUACAAAACAGGUGCAGGAAGCGAGGCACAACCGAGAUGAUGACUUGUUAAAAAAAUAUGUUCAAGACUAUGAUGAGGUUCUGGAGAGGUACAUCCCUGUUUUAAUGGCUCAGGCCAAAAUCUACUGGAACCGAGAGAACUAUGGCAUGGUUGAGAAGAUCUUCCACAAGUCACUGGAGUUUUGCAAUGAGCAUGACACUUGGAAGCUCAACGUUGCUCAUGUGCUCUUCAUGCAGGAUAACAAAUAUAAAGAAGCCAUUGGGUUCUAUGAACCCAUUGUUAAGAAACAUUAUGAAAAUAUUCUUAACGUCAGUGCAAUCGUUCUUGCAAACCUGUGCGUGUCGUACAUCAUGACCAGCCAAAAUGAAGAGGCAGAAGAACUGAUGAGGAAGAUAGAGAAAGAAGAGGAGCAGAUAUCUUACGAUGACCCAGACAAAAAAAUAUUUCAUCUGUGUAUUGUCAAUCUUGUUAUAGGGACUUUAUAUUGUGCUAAAGGAAACUAUGACUUUGGCAUUUCACGUGUCAUAAAAAGUUUGGAGCCGUACAACAAAAAGCUUGGAACAGACACUUGGUUCUACGCUAAAAGAUGUUUCCUUUCACUGCUGGAAAACAUGGCCAAACACAUGAUCAUGCUGAGGGAUUCGGUGGUGCAGGAGUGCAUUCAGUUCCUGGAGCAUUGUGAACUGUAUGGGAAGGAUGUGCCUGCCAUCAUAGAGCAGCCUCUGGAGGAGGAUCGCAUACACAUCGGCAAGAAUACUGUCACGUAUGAAUCACGCCUUAUCAAAGCUCUUUUCUAUGAAGUCACAGGGUGGAAUGAGUAAUCCUAGUAGAUGUGUUUGCAAAAUUUCAUGAAUCUGUAUUAGAAGAGGAUUUUGAGCUAAUACUCAACACGGAGCACAUUUUUGUCAUUUGAUUUUUAUUUGAUUUGUUAAAAUACAAUGUCUGUAAAGUAUUAACAGAAGUCUAUAUAAAGAUUAUAUAGGAGUAUGGUCAUGUGA